AUGGCUCCCAGACGCAAAGCAUCCGCCCCCGCUGCCAAGUCGCAACAGUCGACUCUCGCAUUCCAUGGCACGACAAACAGGGUCACAAAGGCUGGCGUCAAAUCGCAAGGCGCAAAGAAGAACAUACUCGAGGCAAAGCUGAAAGACAUCAAGCCAGAGGUUGCCAACAUCUCAAAUACCGAGCCGACAAUAACGGAAGCGGCGAUCAUCGAGCAAACAGAACAGGAGGUCAAGGCGCAAGAGGUGGAGAGCACACCAGACGAGGACAGAGCACGGCGCAUAUCAGACGCAGCGAUCAAGAAGUACUGGACCGCAAAGGAGAAGCAAAGGCUUGCACAGCGGGUGCACCAGGGAGGUCUGAGCCUGCACGACAAGAUACUGAGGGAGUUUGACAUGAGCGCGCAUUAUGGCCCAUGUACCGGAAUCGCUCGGUUGAAGCGCUGGAAGCGAGCGCAACGGCUCGACCUCGACCCGCCGAUCGAAGUACUGGCGGUGCUGCUGCGGGAACAAGAUGCAAGCGACAAGGACAGGAUAGCUGUUCAGCGCUCGAUCGUCGAUGAGAUACUGAAUUCUAGAGCCGAGCUUGAUGUAUGA